CACGCCUCUUCUCUAAAAAGUAAAAACAGUGACUCAUUAACAUACAAAAUUGGAAGAUCCACUGUUCAGAGCACAGUUGUAGUUGGACAUCACUACAGCUAAAAUAUAGUGGCACAUAGAGAAGUGACAAAGAAGCAGUGCAUUACAGAAAUCUUCAAGUUUGCACAUCACAGCAGGAAUUCAUCAAACAGGAAUGCAACUCAGUAAUCACAUCAUCAGAAUUUGCCUGUUUGUGGGAGUUUGGUGGCUGAUGGUGGAGAGAUCUGGAGCAGUUUAUUCUAGCGUUUGCAAUGGAUAUGUGGCAUAUAACAAAGAAACAUGUUGUGCACCAUGCAAUAGCAGUACCCUGAAAAACAACCCUUGCAAAAGUAAACAGAGUCGGCCUGAGGAGUGUCGCUGUGACAAUGGUUAUGCUUGUGAUAGCGAGGAUUGUGAUUCAUGUAUACCUCUGUCUAAAUGCGAUGGUGACAUACAUAGGAAAGGUGAUACAAUCUAUACAUACAUUUGUGAAAAAAAAAGCACAGUGCCAACAAUAGUAACUGUUGUACCCACUGAAUAUACCCCUGAGAGGACAACAAAGAAUUCAGAAACAAAAGACAAAGUUCAUGAAAUCACUCUCUACCUCGUAUUAGUGAUCGCCAUCCUGGUUUUAUUGUCUGUUAUCUUUCAUAUAUUCAUAUGGAGAACCAAACCAAGACCACCAAUGAAACAUACAGAUCUUCAUAAGAUCCCUCAGUUAAGUGUGAUAACGAAUCCAAAGGAAGAUAUUGAUACUUUAAGCUGUCAGUAUCCAGAGGAGGAACAUGGGGAAAAGACACUGGAUAAAGACUCCAUUCACUUUUAAACUUUGAAUGCUAAACACAUCUCCUAGUAUUUGGAGUAUUAAAACAAGAAACUAAAGAAAGAAAACGAUGUAUUUCACCAAUAAGGGUUUUUGUUUAACUGAUAUAAAUGCUAGAUGUAUAUUUUAGGAUUGCAGAAUCUCUUGAACAUUUUUAUAUGCCCUGGCAAAAAAAUCAAGUAUUUCUGCUUUGCUGGGAGCCAGAAAUACAAUGAAAAAUACAUCAAACUGUUCCGGAACCUGCAAUGAAAGCUGCAUGCAAAAUACCAUCUGAAGACCUGCAAUUGGCUGCAUUUCAAUAUUAGAGCAAAGUCAUGUGCUGCAAAACUCCAUGCGGAAAGGCUUGUGGGAAACAUGGGAGAAAAGGCAGUGCUAUUUUAAUACUUCUUUAAAUGUUUUACAAGAAAAUUCUAAUUUGUUUUAAAAACAACUACAAAAAAAGGCAGAAAGAGAAACUACAAGUCUUAGAAAGAAGUGUAACCACAGAGAUAUUCAAAUGCAAAUGGUUUACCAAAUAAUGGGUUUAUAAAACCAAAUAAAGGCACUUGGGUCUGUAUUGUACUUUCUUAUAGACCAUCUAGGACAUUUGUAAUCAUUUCUAAUCUAUUGGGCAAAUUUUUUUGAUAAAUCAAAACACAGAAUAUAUGUUUAUAUAAAUAUGGUUUAUACAAGACAUAAGAUAUUAUAUUCCUGCUUAAACACAAAUAGGUAAUUAGUUGUCAGGUUCAUCAGAUGAGGGUAACAAAGCUAGGGGUACAGAGGGCUAGACCUUUGUAGAACUGAACUCUUGCAAAGUAGCAGGGUUAAUUAUUAUUGCAUUUUGCAUUACCAAAUUUAAGAAGAUCCGGAGGUGUGUAAUGGGGAUGGGUACCUCUCUUUACAGAUGUGAAUCAGUCUGAGGACUAGUGGUUUACUUAGAAUUAGUGAGAAGACAUAUGGUGUGGUUAGUACCAUGGGUAUUGGUACUUUGACCCAUAAUGGGUUAUGCUGUCUGUAAAAAGUUUUCAUAUGUGCUAUGCUGUAUGAGUUGCAUGAUGCUUAAAACAUGAAUUAUAUCAUAUCCUCUUUGCUACUUC